AACACCUUGUAAACUUAUUGCAAUUUUAUUAAAUUUUAUUUUAAUUUUUUACGAAGAUAGAUUUUAUUUCAAAAUCUGAAACAUGAACUCGUUUUUUAAGUUUAUUUGAUGCGGAGGUGCGAAAUGUCUGACAUGUAAACUAUAGCACGAUAUGUAAACUAAACUUGAGUUAAAUGUCACAAUUUUGGUAAUGUUUAUGCUAUCGUGUCUGUACUGAAUUUUCUUUUCGAAUAUAUCUUGUGAGUCAUGCCAAUUACAACAUGCCUUUGAUAAUUAAUGGAAUACUUUUAGAAGAAUUGCCUCCAGAUACAAGAUCCUUAUUCGAAUCUUAUCCUCACUUGAAAGAUGUUGCUGCAGCACUUAUUGCUCAAGUUCCUAAAGUUAUUGGACCUGUCGGCUUGUUAUAUGUUCAUCAAAGAGAAUAUGCAGUCACAUCAUCUCAUGAUAAAAAUAUUACUGUAGUUGGUACAGAUGAUACAACAACAUGCAGCAUGGUGGUUUUGAAGCAUACUGGCUCUGGUAUCUCUUGUCUUGCUCACUUUGAUGGAUCUGGUCUGGAACAAGGUGUUAUAAAUAUUGUCAGACAUGCACAAGACCUUUCAAUGAAUGUAUUAGAAGGAAGACUGGAACUUCAUAUGAUUGGUGGUUUCUUAGAUCUGAGGCAUUACUCUGAAGAACUUGCUGUUCAAUUAUUAUAUGCCUUUCACAAACAGCCAGUAAAUAUUCACCUUGUCACAGCUUGUAUUUGUGAACUUAAUAAUUCUUUACGUGGAAAUAUUAACUGGCCUGUGAUUUAUGGAAUAGGUUUAAAUACGAAAAGUGGUGAAAUAUUCCCUGCAACAUUUCCUGAUAAAGGUCCAGAUUUAGCUCUUCGUUCUGCCAGAUAUUUUACAGGGUGUUAUGAUAUGCUUGAUAUAUAUGACUGCCAUUUGGGCAUGUUGAGAAUUGGACCUUACAAUUAUGAACCUUUAAGAGGUGUUGACUUGUGGCUUGCACAGAGUGAUGAUUUUAUAUUAAGGCACUUGUCUACGUCUCCAGAAGUAGAACCUCCCAGUUUCGUGCCUCAAGUACGGGCCACCUUAAAGUAUAUUCAACAGAAUCCUUUUCCUGGUAUCACUGUUUUUCCUGAUAAUCGUCCGCAUUUUUAUCAAAAAGAUGAAUCUGGAAAUUGGAUAAGAGUUUGUUAUUGAGUAGUAAUUUCUUUUGUAUUCAUACUACUUGAUUUUAAAUUAUAAAAAAGAGCUUGAAUACUGUUUUUAAUCUUAAAAUUAUUGCAGCUAGCCAAACAUAAAAGGACUAAUGUAUAAUAAACUCAAUGUAUAGUUAAACACAUUUUUGUGACUUAUAUAUGAUAUGCUAAAACUUUUACCAACUUGCAAAUUGAAAUGAGUACCAUUGUUUAUUGAUUAUAUCAUUUCACAUUAAUCAAAGCUAUUAAUUUUGGCCAGUAAAUCAAUUUCUUUCUUCAAGGAAUUGAUAUUUUUGAACAUUGCUUGAUUUACUUUUGUUCACCUCCAAGUUUUGAUUAUCUAUUUUUUUUCCUCUUGGAAAUUGAAAUGAAAAAUAUUGAAAAACAUUUGAUGGUUUAUUGUGAUUUUUAAGAUUUUUUAAAACUAAAAUUUUAGUUUUUUAACUAGAAAAUUUUAAAUAGUUAACAGCUUUGGAUAUUUAUUUCAUUCCUUAUUUAUUUUUUUAAACAAUCAAUUUUCUCCUUUAGGAAAAAAAAAAAAUUUAUUUUUUGUUUGUAAUAUGGUUUAGUGAAUGAUUGUGGUGUGUAAUAUCUCCUUCUUAAAAACAUUUAUUAAACUAAAAAAUUUUAAUGCACCAUUUUUUUACUGUCAUCGUAAAAUGUUAUUUCAUAAUAUUGCGUGAAAAUAAUUUAAACAACAUAGAAAAUCAUCUUGGUUAUUUUGUCUUGUUAUGGAUCAAAUGAUGUUAUUAUAAUAACUAUUUCAAAGUCUCUAGAAUCUUAAGAAUAAUGUUAUGUAAAAAAGAAAGUUAGUUUCCUAUAAAAAAUUAUAACUUUCUAAUUCAAGGGUAAUUAUUUUUUCCUAUAAUUUACGUAUUAGACACAACUGUUUUUAAAUACAGUUGAAAAGUGUUAAUUGUGUGUAUUUUUUUUAACAUUUAGAUCUCAAAAAAAAUUACAUGAUAUAGGUCUUGGAGGAAAAACUUGUUGAGAUAUGUGUGAUUAAAUUUUUUUUAUGUUAAAUUAACUCAGUUUUAAAUGUUUGUAAUAAUUAAAUAAUUGUGUGUACCAUUCUUUUUAAAACCAUCAUUUUAAAUUAUUAAAAUUCAAAAAAAUGUAACUUGAAUUGCAAUUGCUAAUUGAAUUAAAGCAAAAAAAAAAUUCAAAAGCAUAUUUUAAGCAAUUGAGAAUUGUCUUUUGAGUAGUCAAUGCUCUUGAAUUGUUCCCUCAUUUUAUGCAUCAGUGAAAAAAUGGCAGUUAUGAAUAUAAUAGUUUUUGCUUUUAUCUGGAUUAAUACAUUGAUUAUAAAUUGUCUACCUCUUGUAGAUAUAUUUGUUUUCCACUUACUUUUUCCAAGUUUUUUUUACUAUUUCUCUUUGUCUAAUAUUUUAUUUAUUUUAAAAAAGAAUAAACAUUAACUUCAAGAAUAAUGCUGAGUACUGCAAAAUUUUUAAUAGUGGGUUGUUGAUUGACCAAGCUCGGUAUGAAGAAGUUAGACUAUUCAGUGUUAUAGUUACUUGAUUACAAAAGAGAAGAGAUCAGAAUCACAAUCCUGCCUAUUUAUUUUGUUUUACUGCUUUUACUUUGUAAAAAAUAUGCGUAAAAUAUUUUUUAUGCAUUAUUUACCUAAUAUUGUUUGGAAAAAAGGGGGCAUGCGUAUUUGUAUAAAUGCCAAAUAUAUUUUUAAACACAUUAUUUAAAAAAUGAAGAAGUUGAAUUUGCUUAAAUGUCAUUUUAAAAUAAAUCUUACAUUGUGCAAAUAAAUUGGAAAAAGAAACCAUCAGUUGCAAUUGUUAUGAAUGCUAUAUUUUAAUGUUAUAUGAAAUUGAACAACUUCAAGCUGUUAAAGUUUAAAAUUUUAUGUCGGUCUUGUGUAGGUAUAUACUAAAAUAACUGAAAUUUUGUGCUGGGUACUGUGAAGUGCUUUACAUUUUGUGUGCCAUAAAUAUAGUGUCAUUUCGAGUGAUACAUUUAUGUAAUUAAUGUCAGACUUUAAUGUAUUUUGUUAGCUUAUUUAUGUAUAUUUAAAUUUGUUUUUAUUUUACAUUCAUGUUAUACCUGAUCUGUUAUCAUAGCUUCAAAAGUGUUGCAUUCUGUAUUAUCGAUUGAUCAAAACUUGUUGAAGGUCUUUUAUUCUGAGGUGUAAGUUUUAAAUAGAUAUUAGCUGUUUUUAUUCACUGUAUAUUGCCGACAAAUUCAUAGCUUAUAUAUAUAUAUAGCUGGAGGUGUUAUAGUUGAUCAUGAACGGCGAUAUUAAUUACUCUUUCUAUUUGUUUAGUUGUAAAGUCAUUAUUUUAUUGAAUAUUGGUUUUUAAGGCAUAUUGUAAAAAAUUUUGAAUGCAUUUACAAUAGAUGGAUUCUUCUUAUCCCCUUAUCAAAAUUUUCCCUGUUUCUGACAUUUGUCAUAUACCAUUUAUUUUUAAUAAUCUGUUGUGCUUUUAUGAAUUUUUUUUGCUUAUUGAUGUUUUUUUUUUUCCCUUUAAUGAUUUUUUUAAGAAAAAUGGUGUUAUUACUAUUUAAAAAUUUAGAUAAAUACAAUUGAACCUUGAUAUCUUGAACUCUCCAAGAGAAACUAGAAAGUUCAAAUUAUCAAAAUUAAAUAUUAUCAACAAUAAAAUAAAGAAAAAACAAUUUUUUCAAAACUCUUGUUUAAUUUUUUAAGUAAACAUCGUUCUGAUGUAAAAUUUUAGUUGGAAAAAAAAGGACUUAAUUGUUUAUAAGCCAUAUUUUAUCUAUUACUCAUAGGUCAACAGUUUUAAAUAUAUCCUCUGACAUAGUUUACUUGUUCUGCUGAGCUCUUUUAAGAUCUCUUUUUCAAACCUCUUCCCAGUACUUUGAUAAAUUGUUUUUUAACUUCAAUAAUAAAUAUAUUCAGUGCCUGGAAUUAUAUAUUUUGAAAAUGGAGGACAAUUUGUCGAACACUGAGUUGAUACAAAAGUCAUGGAAGUAUUUUUUUCCCGUUUGAAAUAUCCAAAAAAUCUGAUACCAAAGUUUGACUGUAUACAGCAAAAUUAUAAGACUUCGUAAUUUUUUUCAUUUCCUUUGAAAAUUAAGUAUCAUAUUUUCAAGUGUCUAAGUUGACUUUUUCAACCCCUUAAUAAAAUUGAGUGAUAUAAUUUACAUACCUUGCAUUACAGAACAUCUGGCCAUCUAAAAUAAUUGUAACUAAAUAAUAUACCUAAAAGAUGCUGCUGAAAAUUUCCAUAUUGACGUUGAUCCUUCAGUUAUUAGUCUUUUUAGUUUGUUUUAUGCUGAGUAUAUGAAUCUCGAUGUAAGAUGCUUUUAAUCUUUCCAAAUACUUAUUUCAUCAUUCUUUAUCUAAGGUGAUCUUCAUCAGUUCAAUUCACAAGAUGUGCAUAAAAUACGUUCCCUUUAGUCUGGUUUAACAAAGCUAUAUUUUGCUAAACCCAUUUGUUUUCAUUUCAAUUCGCUAUAUUAAGUUGGAUUGAUCUCUUACUCAUCAAUGUCACAUUCACGUUUACCAAAAAAAUUCUCUCACGUUUAAUAAACUUGUGUAAUUUCAAAAAUUUUUAUGAAUUUUGAGUGUUUAUUUUUUUUUUUAAAUAUCUGAUUUUUGCUACACUGCAAAAUAAUUUUCUCAUAAGGCCUGUACCGUUUGCGGCUGCAGAGUUACAAUUCAUGAUAUUUAUGUUGAACUAUUUAAUUAAACUAUAUUCAUAUUUCUAUAUAUUGGGUUUUCACAGUGUUAGUUUUGUGCAACCCAGCUAAAGCACCCUUUUCCAAUCUUUGUUUUUUUACCUUUAUUUCACUACAUUUCUGCUUAUCCACCAGCAAUUCAAAAUCUUGUCUAACCCUCCUUAAUUAUGUGGUCAAUCUUUUUUUAUUUGUAUCCUUUAUUUUAGGAGCAAAUGCAUUGGGGUUUUUUUCUUUGGAAGAUAUUGUAUAUUUAACUUUACCUAUAUCUCACUUGUGGGUUGUGUGUUCUGCUUAUACUUUGGGCCAUAAGCUCUAUCUUCUAUUCAGUUAUGUACAUCUUUAUGAAUAAAAUACCAGGAGAUUCCACACCGUUGCAAUCAUCUGGGUACUUUGAUGGGCACCCCAUCUGCUGCUAAAUUGCAACAUAUUAAAUUGAAUCACAAAUAAGUUCUUGUACUUCCUGUGUCUCACUAUCAGGUUUGAAGAGUGCUAAAUAAGUUAAAAAUAUUUUAUUUCAUCAAAAAUUAAUUUUAGUUUCUUUCCAUUCAAAAACUUACUUUAAAACUUUUUUAAAAAAGAAAAAUAAGGUUCUAUAUUUUGUGUUGUAACCAAUAAAUUUGCAUUUGACCAUUUAAAUUCAAUUUUUUUUAAAGAGUGUAUUCUUUCUCAGAUUUAAAUAUAAAAAUUCAACUAAAAUUCAGCAGACUUCCAAUACAAAAAUGUUUUAAUGUCUCAACCUUAUUUAAUCACUGACCCACCUGAGCAUCAUCCUUUUAUACUCUAUUGCCAAUCGACCCUUGUUUACUAUCAAGAAUAAGUACAUAAAACAACUUAUACACCUGGAAAAUAUGUUACAUAAAACAUGACUUUAUUAAUGAGUAUUUUUGAGUGGUAAAUUUAGCACUUUAUUUUUAUACUUUUAAAGACAAUAAUUUAAUUUUCUUUCUUCUCCUUUUUAUAUUCACGCUUUAAAAUGUCUCCAAAAUUAAAUAGUUUGAAGGAGUGGUGUAUUUUUAUAUAGCUGUUAAAUAAAGAUGCUUCUCUAUUUUAAGGUGGGUAAAUAAGAUGAAUUUGUGAUACCAUUUUGUAAAUAUCUCUAAUCUGUUUCUCUGCAUUUUUUUUUUCCUUGUAUGUGUUGACUGGCACGGUUGUGUUUGUCAUUUUAUUAAGCAAUUUCAAAUGUAUACAUUUAAGAAUGUAUUUGUAUUUUAUGCAUUUUUAAAUUAUUUUCUUUUUUUAUUUAAUUUAAAUGUACUUAAUUGGUUUUAUAAAAAAAAGUUUACAAGUAAUUAAUCUUGAAGUUUUAAAAUCUUACUGUGUUUAUAUAUUACUUUUUUUUAAACUUAAAACAAAAAAAAAUAUUUAUUUUAGCUUAUUAAUCUUAAUGUAAGUCGAAUUAUUACUAAAUUAUAUUCUGUAUACAUAAAUCUUUUUACUUGAUUCAAAUAGUUAACUGCUCAUUGUGCAAUGAUAAAACAUUUCUUCUAUCUGACUGUGAAUCUCUGUACAUUUUCAUUGAUAACUUUUUUCUUUGAUCAAGAAAUCACUUGUUGAUUAGUACACUUUUAAAGUUGAUUUUUUUUUUCAAGGACAUUUAUGUUCUAAAAGUUUUGUAACUAUGUUUUUGUUCUUGUAUAACCAUCAUGCCUACAGAUUUUAUAUCUUGGUUAUAAAAAUAAAUAUUUUUUGAGUAAA